GAGAGAGAGAAAUGGCGCCUCGAUGCUGUGCUCUCUGAGCCAGUGUUAGGAGCCGGUUAGGGUGAUUCUUAAAGGGUAGACAAAAGAAAGAAAACAUGCGGAACACAAGGAGAAACACGCGGCCGACGAGCGGCCCCUUCAUCUCCUCGCGGACUAGGUCGUCGUCGAGAAUCGAGCGAAACUCUGACGAACAUAAGGAACCCAGUAGUGAUCUGAGCAGUCCCAGCAGUGCACGGUUAGCCCCCCCCUCCAAGAGGGCCCGGCGACAGACUGCUUCAGAGCCCAGCUCCAGUGACACUUCUCCGUCUCCUCAGGUGAAGAAUCAGAGGGUCAGCUGGCACAUUCCCACCUAUUGCACCAGGUUAUCCUCUCGCAUAAUGCAAAAUGGACAUGCCCAUAUGAGUCACCGCGGCGAGGAGAAAUCCGGGACGGAUCAUUCUCACAUGAAUGGCCAUGUGGAACUGAAGAGGAGCUGCCGGGUGAAGAAGAGCCAAUUUGAACACCUCAACCAGAGCCUGCUGUUUGACCAGCUGGUCAACAGCACUGCUGAGGCUGUCCUGCAGGAAAUGGACAACAUCAGCAGCAUCAGACAGAGCCGUGAGGUGGAACAACUUCGCAUGUGGACCGGAGACACUGAGGAGGAAAACAUGGACAUGUAUUCCCGAGUGAAGCGCAGGAAAUCUAUGCGCAGGAGUACUUUCAGCAUGCCUACACACCACAAAGUCAUAAGUAAAGCUGAGCAGGAGGAGGAAGAAGAGGAAGAAGAAGAGGAGGGAACAGAAGAAUCUCAUGAGGAGGAUGCAGAGGAAGACGAUGAUGACGGAGAUGAAGCAGAAGAGCAAGGAGAGGAGAAUGACAGACCGUACAACCUGAGGCAACGCAAGACUGUGCAGCGAUAUGAAGCACCACCUAUAGAGCCUGUGAACAGAAAACAGAGCAACCCCUCACUUUUUGACACCCAUAGAUCCCCAGCAAGAAUAAGCCAUAUAAGAGUGAAGAAACAUGCCAUUCACAGUAGUGACACCACCUCAUCCUCUGACGAAGAGCGCUUCGAGCGAAGAAAAAGCAAAAGCAUGACCCGGGCCAGAAACAGAUGUUUACCAAUGAACUUGACUGCAGAAGAUCUAGCGAGUGGGGUGCUCCGAGAUCGGGUGAAAGUGGGUGCAAGCCUGGCGGAUGUGGACCCCAUGAACCUUGAUAGCUCAGUGAAGUUUGACAGCGUUGGUGGCCUCAGUAAUCACAUUCAGUCACUGAAGGAGAUGGUCGUGUUCCCACUGCUCUACCCUGAGGUCUUUGAGAAGUUUAAGAUUCAGCCUCCCAGAGGGUGUUUGUUCUAUGGCCCACCAGGGACAGGAAAGACCCUGGUAGCACGGGCACUUGCCAAUGAGUGUAGCCAGGGAGACAGGAAGGUUUCCUUUUUCAUGAGGAAAGGAGCCGACUGCCUCAGCAAGUGGGUGGGUGAAUCAGAGCGCCAGCUACGAUUGUUGUUUGACCAGGCAUACCUAAUGAGGCCCUCUAUUAUCUUCUUUGAUGAGAUUGAUGGAUUGGCUCCAGUUCGUUCCAGCAGGCAAGACCAGAUACACAGUUCUAUUGUGUCUACUCUGCUGGCCUUGAUGGAUGGCUUAGACAGUCGUGGGGAGAUAGUUGUCAUUGGUGCUACAAACAGACUUGACUCUAUCGACCCGGCACUCAGGAGGCCCGGACGCUUUGACCGGGAGUUUCUGUUUAACCUGCCUGACAAAAAGGCCAGAAAGCACAUCUUGGAGAUCCACACGCGGGACUGGAAUCCCAAAUUGGCUGAGCCAUUUGUAGAUGAACUUGCAGAAAAAUGUGUCGGCUACUGUGGUGCUGACAUCAAAGCACUUUGCACAGAGGCAGCCUUGGUGGCACUGCGCCGCCGAUACCCCCAGAUCUAUGGCAGCAGCAUCAAACUGAAGCUGGAUGUCACCUCCAUCAUCUUAGGGCCUGGUGAUUUCAGUAAGGCCAUGAGGACAAUCGUCCCAGCCUCUCAGAGGGCCCUCGCUCCCCCGGGCCGAGCUCUGUCCCCCACCCUCAGGCCCCUGCUGGCCAGCUCUUUCACCUCGGUGCUGAAAGCUCUCCUCAGAGUCUUCCCCCACGCUCAGUGUACUGACAGGGACAACACACAUGGCGGUGACAAUCAAUUGUUUGAAGAGGACUUGUAUAGCGAUGAAGACAAUGAGGAAGGCUCUGCUUCCAUCUAUGAAGUCCAGCCUGCUGCAUCCCCAAAGAGUCAGCUCUCCUCUUCUGCAAUGCACAGACCCUUCCUCCAUUUCUCCAGCUCUGCUCUCCAACAGCCCACAGCUUACCGGCCUCGUCUCCUGCUGGCUGGGUCCCCAGGUUCAGGACAGAGCUCCCACUUGGCCCCUGCUUUGCUGCACCACCUGGACAAGCUGCCAGUGCACCGUCUAGACUUGCCCACUCUCUACUCAAUCAGCGCUAAGACGCCAGAGGAGUCUUGUGCUCAGGUUUUCCGUGAAGCCUGUCGGAGCGUGCCCAGUGUGGUGUUCAUGCCCCAUAUCUCAGAGUGGUGGGAGACGGUUAGCGACACUGUGAAGAGCACCUUCCUCACCCUGCUCCAGGAUGUGCCCUCGUUUAGCCCCGUCCUUAUCCUCGCAACGGCUGAGACUCACUAUUCACAGCUGUCUGAUGAGGUAAAGACCAUGUUCCAGAGGACUUAUGGGGAGGUGGUGACACUGUGCCCACCAGGAGAAGAAGACAGGAGGAAAUUCUUCUCUGACCUCCUGCUGGUUCAAGCUGCCAGGCCUCCACCGCGCCUCAGGAAUACCGACAGGUGUGAGGAGGUACUACCUGUGGCCGAGGCUCCAGGACCUCGCGUCCUGUCAGCAGAGGAACAGCGCCGCUUGGCCGAGCAGGAGGAGAACACACUACGCGAGCUCCGGCUAUUUCUCAGGGAUGUGACCAAGCGUCUGGCCACUGACAAACGUUUUAAUAUCUUCAGCAAGCCAGUUGACAUUGAAGAGGUGUCAGACUACCUGGAGGUGAUUCAGCAGCCCAUGGACCUUUCUACUGUCAUGACCAAGAUUGACAAGCACCAGUACCUGACAGUCAAGGAUUUCCUUGCGGACAUUGAUCUCAUCUGCAGCAACGCUUUAGAAUACAACCCGGACAAGGAUCCAGGAGACAAGGUGAUCAGGCACCGAGCAUGCAGUUUAAAGGACACAGCCCAUGCUAUAUUUGCCUCUGAGCUGGACCCUGAGUUUGACCGAAUGUGUGAAGAGAUCAAAGAGGCACGGAAAAAGGGAGACCUCCAGACGCCGGCUCAGCUGACGGCAGCUCCAGGCGCCGUGGCAACCAGAAAGCACCACCCUGCAGGAGAAGAGCAGGCCAGGAGCAGCACUCAGGGCGAGGCCCCUGAAAAACAGUGCACCACUAACCAUGUAAAACGCAAGCUUCGCCGAAGGCCAUCUUGGGGACGAGGCAUCAUCCGUAGGAGAAAGACCUACAAGAAAGGGACAGAAGAGGAAGAGGAGGAGCAUGAGGCAGAAGUGGAAGCUGUGGGGCCCAGUGACUCAUGUUUGACACAGGAUGAAGAAUCAUCUUGUGAUACCAUGGGUUCCCAGCCCAAUGGGCACCAUCCUCAUGUCCCCUCCACAGAAGAGGAGAGCUCCAAUGAGCCUCCUGUUGCUGCUCCUACUAAACCGUCAGAUGCCAAUAAAGCCACAGAAGAGCCAACACCUAAGGUGGAGGGGCCUGCAGCCAAAGAGGCAGAGUCUGAAAACACAGAAAAACCUACAGAGUUGCAUUGCCUUGAUGAUGAGCCUAAGGCAGAUGGGGAUGGCCAGGCCAAGCAGGCUGACUUCCAGCCUUUGAUUGAAACGUCCGAGUCUUCAGAUACCGAGGCCCAGCCGAAGCACAUAGAGGGUCUCCUAGUAUCACAAGUGGAGUGUGUGAAUGGAAAUGAAUCAAUGGACAGCCUGGACUCACAGAGCCUCAAGAGCAGCAGUGAGGCUGGGAAUAGGACUACUCAGAGCAUGGACACAGUCUCUGCUAAGCCAGAACAGGAAGAGCACAAAGACAAAAAUAACAGCAAACCAACUCAGGAGCAUCAUUCCCAGGAUGAAGGGGCAGUACCAGAAAAUGUCCAGGAAGACCAUGAUAAAGAAGGGGGUUCUGAUGUGGAAAAAUGCCAGAAGAGCCAGUCCGAGUCCGUAAAGGGACAUGCUGAUGUGACAGAGGAAGAUCCACAACCAGUUCCCUCCAGUCCUCCAGUAGUGAUUGACCACCAGCGACUAUCGGCUCUACUGGAUGUGGUGGUGAAGAAGAGUGAGGGCUACAGUGUGGAGCAGCUGGAGCGACUGUACUCCCUUCUCAGCCAGUGUAUCUACCAGCACCGCAGAGAGUACGACAAGACCCACCUACUGGAGGAGAUGGAGGAGAGAAUCCAGCAUUUUGAUACAUUCCUGUGAGACGGAGACAUUAGCUGUCGGGUAGAUCCUGAACAGCCCGGGACCACAAAGACACAACACAAGUGAGAGGAGAGCGAAGGAGCCUCUGAGUCCAGCCCACGACCCGGAAAUCCAGCACCCCCCUCCCCUCCCAACCCCCACUCCGCCCUCCUCAUUAGCUUCUUCUUGGGGAGGGAAUACAACACGGACAAGGUUGAGGACAGAGACAUUCAAUGGUGCUAUCGUCUCAGGAACCUGGCCAGACCCAGACCCAUUCUACACAACCAAACUCCUGGAGGUGUGUCGCGCGCACACACACACACAUAUGCGCGUACACACACAUACACAGUAAUGGUGACGGGCGACCCUGGUGCUACUCGGGUGCUAUCAUGAUUUUUAUCCAUGCUGCUCUUGGGAUUACUUCUUAACUCGGACGACUAGCAAAACCAACAGACAGAUCGGGUGAUGUCAUAUCGCAGCUUUGGCCACGUUUCUUGGAGUCGGCCGUGCAUACACACACACACACACACACACACAUACACACAACGAACCCCUACUUCUUUUGGGACCGUAUGCAUUUCUACAACCACACACGGUACACAGGCUUACAAAAAUGCACACACACACAACCACAUAUACACACACUCCCUCCGAUUCUCACCAGCUGAAGUGUGAAUGCAGAAAGCUGCCACGAGAUGAGGACAGAUAAUGUUCUGAAUCACUGAGCUACAUUGCUGAGCCCAUCUCGCCCUCGAGUGGAGCGCUUCAUCACCGGGCCAGUUAUUACCGCGCUAUCAUGCAGCUCGUUUUUUUUUUUUUUUUUUCUUUCUUUCUUUUUUUCAAUUUUUUUUCCUGCUAUUUAACUACUUGAUUAGUCCAAUAUCUGAGCCACCGUCAAGGAUACUCACCCAGAACAAUAGUUUAUAAAGAGUUUUUUUUUUUUUUUUCUUUUUUUUUUUUUUUUGCAUGAACACAAACUUGAUGAGGUUAGCGCAGCAGGACCACAACCGAUUACGUCCUCGUCGUCAGGCGUGGAAAGCUGUUUGGCUCCAAACCCGUAGAACCUCACUGGAAACGCUCACGGGCCGACUCCGGCUUCUCCCAGUUUUAGCGGAUUGUCACGUCCUAAAUAGUUUGUGGUAGCUGAAGCCCCUCCCCUUUCCCCUCCUAUUCCUCCUCACUGUAUGAAUGUUCUCCCACCCACUCAAGCUGUGCCCACCAGUUGAUUUUUUAUUUUUUUUUCUCUCUCUCUCUCCCCGACACUCUGGCUGAGGAACUGGAAGCAGUACAAAUCGGAAGGCGUCUGUAGUUUGCACUGCCUAGUGUGUGCCUUAUUUAAACCUCAUAUGAAACUGAUAUAUUUAGCAGGAAUUCUUCUUUAGAUCAACUUCUUGUGACAAUGAACAGGCUCUAAGUGGGGUGGGUUCUAACCACUGAGGUAUACUCUUACCUGGAAGCAAAAAAAUAUUUCUAUCAAUUGAUAACAUAUUUAGGCUCUACUGUAUAUUACCACGUUAGUUUUCCAUCCACUUUGGGCCAAAACACUUCUAAACUAACCCCUUAUAGCAUUAACCAUUAACUCUACUUUUAUGGUCGUCCAAACAUGUCUCGAAGCGUCCGAUAUUUCCGCCGCGGUGGCCACUCCCCCGCCCGAGCAGAUACGGGGAGCGAGGACAAGGCCGGCAACACCAGCUACUCUCCAGUUUCUUCGUAUGCAAAAAUAACCAUGCGAGUCGACCGCUUUAUCGUGCCAAGCGUGAUCCCACUCCCUCGUAAAAAAGGUGCUGAGCUCUGACACACGACGGUGCCUGUUCAGCGGAAUUCAGUCUCAACUCUGAAGAUUUUCUAUCGGCCGCUCAUACAACCUAUGUAUUAUGUUGUGUAUUUGAUCAUUGUUUUUGUACUUUUUUUUUUAUAAAAUGCUUUGAUUUGAUGUAAAGGUUUUUUUUUUGUUUGGCAUGGGUUGUGGUUUCGUCAUGAACAAGGCCAUCCUAGGCAGUGCCCGUCACUAAGGUGUAUAAAGCAUUAACAGUUUGUUUGUUUUUUUUUAAUGUUUAUGAAAUGACUUCUUUUUUCAACACCAGAUGAGAAAAGCUGGAUUCUCACCUGAGGCCAACACCGUGUAUGUUUCUGACCGCAGUAAACUAUUUACUGAAGCUUUAUAAGGUUUUCAUGACAUAUUAAGGUUGUUCUUUUUUUGUUGUUGUUGUUUUUUUGUGAAGACGCCAUAUUACCGAGCAGGUGUAGACUGGAGAAGGCCCUUCUUUGUCUCGAAUCCUCCAAAACCUCGUGGUGCAACUCUGACCCCAGCUCACCUCUGCCUUUUCUAGGUGACGUAAAAGUGAAGACCAUAUGCAAACUGGCAACGACAGGUUAGCACUUGGACUACUGCAGAGAGAAAAACAAACCAACGCUACCUCAGCUUAAUUUAUUUUAAACGCGAAAACUGUUUACCGGGUACAAGGACAGUAUUCCCCUCCCCCUCAAACCCCCCUCCCCCCUCGUAAAAUACUGUUGCAUCACCUUCAGUACCGGUUCUGGUACCAGAUCAGUGCAACCACAGCUGCUGCAGUAAUCCAAGAGUGGUUUCUAUCUCUCUCUGAUUGUUAUGUUUGUUUGCAUUUGAGCCAGAUGACGAUUGCAUACAUUUCACAGACUGUAUAUUUUAUGCUUUUUUUUUUUUUUUUUUUUUUUUAAUAGUUUCAGGUUUUUUCUUAAUUUUCUACUGUACCUCGACACAGCAGACGCUCCUACAUCCGCUUCUUCUUCAGUUUCACACUCAAGAUUUCCUCUUUUACACAUUGAUCGUCUUUUUUUUUUUUUUUGCUGUUUUUUUUUUCCCCACAUCGUUUUUACAUACUCUCAUCUCAUGAUUAUUUAUUAUUAAAAUGAUUUACACCUAAUAUUUAGUAAUUGUCUUUUUGUACAUUUGACAAAUUUAACAAAAAAAUCGGGAAGCAUCACGCGUCCAUUUUAACAACUGUGCUGAAAUGCGUAGCGUUUGUGUAGCAGGUUUAUUUGGCGUUUAAGGGGAAUAAAGGGUUUACAGGUCUCUCAGGUUCAACACGCGACAACAUGCCCUUUCAACUUUUUUCUAUUUAUUUGAUUGUUCUGGUGUUUUUCUUUGUAUAAAUGGUUGUAGACUGUGGCAUACUGGAAGAGACUUAACGACUUGGAAACUUAAACCGCGACAAACCAGGACCAGGAUUCACUUAAACGUUUCUUAAUGUUGUUCACUUUGUCUCUUUCAGCCAAAAGUUAUUUUUUAUGAAUUUGGAGAAAAAAAAAGAAAAAAAAAAAAAAAAACAACGCAUCUGAACGUACAACAUGGGUAGUUUAAAUGUCAUACAUUGUGAUCUUCCUUUCUUAUUAUAAAUUGUAGCCAGUUUGGACUAACAACCAAUUUUUGUCUGGUAGUUGAGACUACUUAGUCCAGUAUGCAGAAGGAAAGGGUUCGUUCUAUUGGAAAAAAUUACAUUGUUCUUCCCUAUUUUUAAAGUUAAUUUAGUCGAGACUUUUCAUACCUUGUUAAUUCUGUUUGUUUUGAGGUUAAGUGUAUUUAACACACUCGUUGGCAAUUGUUACUUUAGUGUAAGUUAUAUUUGAAAUGAAACAUUUACUGUAUUUCUCAAAUAAACUGCUGUGAUAUACUUGAAUAAAAGGUGCAAACUGUA